UUUUUUUCUAUUUUAGCAGCGAUUGUCGCUGUUCCAUUUUUCCAAUGCCCACGAAACAACACACAAAAAUAGAAAGUCAACAGGCUCUCUGUAAAGUUAUUUUCUACACCUCGUCCUCUUCUUUCCCUUUUCUGUUUUUUCCCAACUAAAAAGGAUUUCAUAUACUUUCGAAUAUGUCAGCCGCAGGCACCUCUUCCCCAAAUACUCCCACUACCACUAACACUUCUGCAACCACUACUACCUCUAUUCUACCUUCUUCUACCAGCACCGAAUCACUUCAUUAUGAAGAUGAUGCAGCAGUUUCACAAAAUGAAUCUCAACCAAACUCUUCCAGUUCUCCCCAACAAGAUGACGAACUCAUUCUUCGUGCUUUAGUCACAACCAAAGAAGCCGGUGUCAUUAUCGGCAAAGGCGGCAAGAACGUAGCUGAAUUAAGAGAAACUACUCAUGUGAAAGCUGGUGUUUCAAAGGUCAUUCAAGGUGUUCAUGAUCGUGUAUUAAGCGUAUGUGGCACCUUAGAAGGCGUCGCAAAGGCAUACGCUUUUAUUGCUCGUACUGUUUUAGAGAAUCCUAUACCAGGUACAACAACAUCAUCGUCAACAACCAAUAUACCGAAUUCAGCAGCAGCCACAGCAGCAGCCGAUAUAAACUCAACGGAACAACCCACCAUUACUUUACGUUUAUUGAUAUCCCAUAAUUUGAUGGGUACAGUUAUUGGACGACAAGGCACCAAAAUUAAGCAUAUUCAAGAUACAUCAGGUGCACGUAUGACAGCUUCGAAAACCCUUUUGCCUCAGAGCACAGAACGCGUUGUCGAAGUACGCGGCACUGUCGAAGCGUUAGAACAAGCCAUUUUAGAAAUCGGUCGUUGCUUAUUAGAAGAUAAGGAUAGAGCUUAUGGAGCCAUUUUAUAUAAUCCUACAAAAGCUAUGAACACAAUGGCUAAUGAUUUAAUGAUGACGACGACAACAGCAGCAGGAAACAACAGUAAUACUUAUAACAAUAGCAGCAAAAGAUCAUCUUUUAUGAGAACGGGUCGCGGUACUGACUUUUCUAAUAACAGCAACAGUAAUAAUUACUCUUCCGCAGCAUAUAAUAAUGGUUAUAGUAACAAUAACAAUAAUGGGAAUAACAAUAAGCCUCACAGCAAUAGCUAUCAGCAACGUCGUCGAUCUUACAAUAGCAGCAAUAAUAACAAUGCCAACCGUUUCCUACAGCAUAGCAAUGACCCUAAUAUUCGCACACAAUGUAUAUCUAUUCCUUCUGACAUGGUGGGCUGUAUUAUUGGUAAAGGUGGUGCUAAAAUUUCUGAAAUCCGUAAAUUGUCUGGAUCGCAGAUAUCGAUUGCAAAAGUACCUCAUGAUGAAACUGGCGAGCGUAUGUUUACUAUUCAAGGUACAGCAGAAGCCAAUGAAAGAGCUCUCUAUUUGCUUUACGGGCAAUUGGAAGCUGAGAAAGAACGUCGCCUUAAAGGUGUUUUGCAAGAUGACGAGAACGAUUUUGCAGUAGACGAAGGACAAAAAUAACUCUUACCGUAUCAUAAUUUGAAGUACCAUUGCUUAUGUCAUAGGUUUCUGUUACCUCCGCCCUUACUUUCUAUAAGCCUUUUUUCUUUUAUUACAACAACAAGACACUUUUAUACACGCGCAAUUCAUCUAUUACAUUUUUGCGUACCCUCCUUUUUUUUACAAACAUUCAAAAUCCCAUGUCAAAUAUAAUAAAAAUCAAAUACACGUAUAAUAUUACUUGUCUCUCUACAUUUUUCUCUUCGUGUAUAUUGUCAAAAGUGGUGA